AUGGUUUCCAACAAGUGUUGUGUUCCUGGGUGUAGUAAAAGUGCUGCAUCUAAAUUUGGUGUUCCUAAAAAUAUGAUGAAUGUCUGGGAAAAUAUUAUUGGGUGUCCUUUAAACAGGAAUUCAAGAGUUUGUGCAAACCAUUUUAAACCUAGUGAUAUUACAUCAACAUGGGAGUCUGGUAAUGGUAGUAGCCAAAUCUCGAUUUGUUUAAGAAAGCCACGGUUAAAAUCUGGAGUUAUACCAAUUAAUAAUUUAAGUGAUGAAGUAAAUGACAUAAACCAGGUUAGUUUAGGAAAUAGUAUAGAUAUAUAA